UCCGAACAGUCGGAAAAGUCUCGCCUCUACAUUGGCAAGGGUGUGGAACUGGACAAUGUGGGCGAGGGCGACGUGUGGCUUCGGUGUCUGUCCGAGUUCUCCGUCUUCGUGCAGAGCUACUACCUGGAUCGAAAUGCCGGCCGAGCUCCGGGUGACGCAGUGCACAAAAUCUACCCCGGUGCCUACAUCAAACAGGACAAGGAGCGUGAGGCUCAAUGGUUAGAGCGUUGGGCUUCUGAUCAAGAGGUCGCGGAUUUAAGCCUCGCAGGCCUAACCGGUGACGGCGAAUGA